UGAUCGUCCACAUCACACGUGUGAAAGGCAGCCAAGAUGAGUGACAAGCUGACGCGUAUUGCCAUUGUCAACCAUGACAAAUGCAAGCCCAAGCGAUGCCGGCAGGAGUGCAAGCGCUCGUGCCCCGUCGUGCGCAUGGGCAAGAUGUGCAUUGAGGUCACUCCCACAAGCAAGAUUGCCAACAUUUCGGAGGUGCUGUGCAUUGGUUGCGGCAUCUGCGUGAAGAAGUGCCCCUUUGGCGCCAUCAACAUCAUCAACUUGCCAAAGAACCUGGACAAGGACACCACCCACCGUUAUGGCCCCAACUCUUUCAAGUUGCACCGCCUUCCCAUGCCUCGUCCAGGCGAAGUGCUCGGCCUCGUCGGUACAAACGGUAUUGGCAAGUCCACAGCUCUCAAGAUUCUGUCGAACAAGCUGAAACCAAACCUCGGUCGGUUUGACAAGCCGCCAGAGUGGCAAGAAAUCCUCAAGUACUUCCGCGGUUCGGAGCUGCAGAACUACUUCACCCGCAUCCUCGAGGACGACCUGAAGGCGGUGAUCAAGCCGCAGUAUGUGGACAAGGUUGCCAAGGUGGUCAAGGGCUCCGUGCAGGACAUGAUGGACAGGAAGGACGAGCGCAAGAUGCAGGAUCACUACUGCGACAUGUUUGAGCUGAACAACCUGCGGGACCGCGAGGUGCGCGUGCUCUCUGGCGGCGAGCUGCAGCGGUUCACCUGCGCGUCUGUGUGUGUGCAGGAGGCGGAUGUGUACAUGUUUGACGAGCCGUCGUCGUACCUCGACGUGAAGCAGCGCCUCACCGCCGCCAAGGUCAUCCGCUCCCUCCUCACCGACAAGAACUUCAUCAUUGUUGUCGAGCACGAUCUGAGUGUGCUUGACUACCUGUCGGACUUUGUGUGCUGCCUCUACGGUGUUCCCGGCGCAUACGGUGUCGUCACCAUGCCAUUCAGCGUCCGCGAAGGCAUCAACAUCUUCCUUGACGGGUUUGUGCCGACGGAGAACCUUCGUUUCCGGGAGGCGUCGCUCUCGUUCAAGGUGGCCGAUGCCGUGGACCAGGAGCUUGUCAAGCAGCUGCACCACUACGACUACCCCGACAUGCAGAAGACCCUCGGGAAGUUCAAGCUCAACAUCAAGGCGGGCAAGUUCAGCGAUUCUCAGAUUGUUGUGCUCCUUGGCGAGAACGGUACCGGAAAGACAACCUUCAUUCGCAUGCUCGCAGGGCUGCUGCAGCCGGAUGACGAGGAGACAGAGGUGCCCACACUCAACAUGAGCUACAAACCGCAGAAGAUCUCGGCCAAGUUUGACGGCUCCGUCCGCGACCUCCUCAUGUGGAAGAUUCGCGAGGCAAUGAUCCACCCGCAGUUCUCUUCGGAUGUGCUCAAGCCGAUGCUCAUUGAGCCGCUCUACGACCAGAACGUGCAACAUCUGUCUGGCGGCGAGUUGCAGCGUGUUGCCAUCACGGUGGCGCUGGGCAAGCCCGCUGACAUCUACCUGAUUGACGAGCCGAGCGCGUACCUCGACUCUGAGCAGCGCCUCGUGGCUGCAAAGGUGAUCAAGCGGUUCGUUCUGCACGGCAAGAAGACGGCGUUCAUUGUGGAGCACGAUUUCAUCAUGGCCACUUACCUUGCAGACCAAGUCGUCGUCUUUGAAGGCACGCCGUCGAAAGAGGCCGUUGCGACGGCGCCGCAGCCGCUGCUGACGGGCAUGAACCGCUUCCUGGAGAUGCUCGAGAUCACAUUCCGCAGAGACCCCACAAACUACCGCCCACGCAUCAACAAGCUGGACUCUGUCAAGGAUGUGGAGCAGAAGCGCGCCGGCAACUACUUCUUCCUUGACGCAGACGACUAAACCUAUCGCUCCUCCCUCAUUUCCCCCCCCCCCCCAAUUCUCUCUUCUCUCUGCAACUUCACGCCCUCGCCUCCUCUUCCCUUCGUACUUCGCUCGCCGAACCCAUGUCACAAUAUGCACGCGAGUGCAAGUGCUUGGGGGUUGUUGGGUGGUCUUAGCUUGCGUCUUUGCUCUGCAUCGCGCAGUGUAGCUGUGGGUUAAGGUGGUCACUCACUAACACCACGGCCAAGCCGUGUUGCCUGUUUCUGUUUCUUGUGUCUCAGAUCGCUGUUCAUCUGCUGUUGGUCGAUGUGAGUUGAUGUGAGUUGAUGUGAGUUUCGCUUGUUCGAGUCGCUUCUUUGACUUCCUUCUUCUUCUCCUCUUUCUUUUUCGUCGUGUAGCCUUGCUGUUUCGGUUGUGCCCAGUUAAUUUGCUGUCCGGUUUUGCAUUGCGCGUCAAACCAUCCAACAAACAACAACAACAAACGAUCUCAAAGUACCAUACGCUGCUGUGGCAUGAGCACAGCGAAAUCGACAACUCCAAAUACACAUCGUCAUCGUC